AUGGGUGUACUUGCAGUAAUGAGGAGUCUAAGGUCUAAGGUUGAUGCAAGAAGUAUUAACCCUUAUUGCUUUGUGGAGAUUAAUGGUCUAAAAUUUGCAUCACCAGAGAACAUUUACAAGGUUAUUUAUGAAGCUUUAAGUGGACACAGGGUUAGUUGGAAAAAGGCUCUCCAAUUGCUGAAUGAGCGUUUCUCAAAUAGAAACAAAACUGACAGGGAGGACAACCGGCCUUGUAUUCUGUUCAUUGAUGAACUUGAUCUUCUUGUUAUGUAUAACAUUAUUGAUUGGCCUACUAAGCCACAUUCCAAAUUGAUUGUAAUUGAGAUUGCAAACAGUAUGGAUUUUCCGGAGAAGUUGCUUCCUUGUAUUUCAUGCCAUAAGGGCAUAUACAGGCUGUGCUUUGGUCCCUAUUAUUAUCAGCAACUUCAAGAAAUCAUUUCAAGUCGUCUAAAAGGAAUGGAUGCAUUUGAAAAACAAGCUAUAGAAUUUGCUUCAAGAAAGGUUGAUUCUUAUGCUAUUUUAGAUACCCUUGAUUUUACUUUUACACUCAUCUGCUAA